AUGGCUGGGACACCAGACAAUGAACUACUUUCGUCAACUUCCGAUCAGGAAGAGACAAGUAUGAGCAAUUCACGUCCAGUUUAUUCCCCAAGACGAAUCAAUCAGGAUAUCCGUUUAUGCACAAUUACUCGUACACACGAGAAAGACACUUAUGGCAUUGAGAUAACGUCCUGCCCAAUCGAACUGUUUUAUUCAAUACGAAUUUUGCCGAGUGGAAACAAGAAACUAUCGAAUGCUGCACUUGCUGGUGUGAAACCGAACGAUCGUAUAGUGGAAAUAAAUGAUGAAUCGGUUGAUCUUCGUACUCUUGAAGAAGUAGUGCAACUUUUACAAGAAACGAAAUACCCUCAACCAUUGAUAUUACUAGUUACGAAUGCAGAAACAUAUGAUUAUUACAGACAUCAUGACAAACAGAUUCAUUCGAAACUUCCUAACGUUCGAAAACUAUCCAAUCGUGUCGAAAAACGAAUAGUAUCAAGUCCUUUGGAUGGACUACGCAAAACGAAUUCGUUGAUGGAUUUACAUUUACCUAAACCAACCACAACUCAUCGCAAUAUCCCAAGAACUUCCUUCAAUCAGAUUAAAUCUGAAAAUUCACUCGUCAAUGUCUGUAAAGGCGAUUUAGCAACUCAAAAUGUUGAUGUCAUUGUCGUUAGUUCGUCGUCACAAUUCUUAUUCGAUAGUAUCUGUCAAGCCGGUGGAACUGAUUUUACUAAUGCAUACAAUGCUGAAGUGAAAAAGAAACCGGGACGUUCUUUGAUUUCGAUAAAAGCAGAUGGAAAGUUGACAUCAAAACAAGUUUAUUUUCUUCCAUGGACAGAACGUUUUGAUCAUUUGAUGCUUUCUGCAUCGAUUCAAAAAUUUGUUUCCGAUGCAAUCACAGAAGCAGCAAAUGACAAGUUUCGCAGUAUGGCAUUUCCCGCAAUUGGUUGUGGACUGUACGGAUACUCGAUCGAUCUUGUUGCCAGAACGAUGACUACGGAAGCGUAUCAACAGUCAUUGAAACAUAGAAUUAAUGUGUCAUUUGUGAUACAACCACAACGAAUGGACGUUUUCGAAACGUUCCGUAAUCAGAUUGAUUCUAUAAUACCUAAGCAAUUGUUUGAAGUAAAGUCUACAACUAUUAAAAACGGCUCAAUCGAGGUUAUAAAAGGUGAUAUGACUAAACAAAAAGUAGAUGUCAUUAUUGCUAGUUCAUCAUCAGGAUUUUUAUUGAAAACAAUUUUGAAUGCAGCUGGUGCGGAUGUUUCUACUGCGUACAAUAACGAAUUGAAAAAUCGACCAAACGCGAUCCUCAUUGAAACUCCUGGAGGUGCUCUAUUCUGUAAACGAAUCUUUUUUGUAAAAUGGGAGCCAAAUCACGAUCCACAGACUCUCCGAAUCUCCCUCACCGACAUGGUUUCCACUGUUAUACAAUCAGCUAUUUCACAUAAAUUUACUUCAAUUGCUUUUCCAGCGAUUGGAUGUGGAAAUCUUGGUUGCUCUGUGAAUAUUGUUGUCGAAACAUUAGUUUUCGAAAUGAAAAAAUGUUUAUUAAAACGGCAACUACCAUGGACAGUAAAGUUUGUUAUUGAACCUAGUCAACAGAAUGUUUAUGAUGAAUUCUGGACGCAAGUAUCGAAAAAACAAGAUGAUCUCGAUCAGCAAUGUCUUUAUGAAAUUCCAUCGACAUGGGAAACGUCGACUGAUAACAAAAUGCGUUUCGAGUUAUCUCCAAACACACGAGAAUUCCAAGAAGUUAAACAAAAAUUUAAUGAUGCAAUGCAUGUUUUAGCUAAAGAAAUUAUUCGAAUUGAACGGAUUCAAAACGAACGAUGGUAUGUGCAAUAUUUGGCACAUCAGAAAGAUUUCAAAAGCCGCUUAAAUAACGAUACGGAACGUCGUCUUUUUCAUGGAUGUCCUGAACAAGCAGCAAAUUCAAUUAUUACCGAUUGUUUCAAUCGAAGUCAUGCUGGUGCUAACGCAACUUUAUAUGGAGUUGGCGCUUAUUUUUCAUCUCAUGCGACUUUUAGUCAUUCAUAUGCGAAUCCAAAUUCGAAUGGAGAACGACGAAUGUUUAUCGCACGUGUUCUUAUAGGCAAAACAACGCCUGGUGAUUCAUCAAUGAAAACUCGUCCAGUUGGAUUCGAUUCCACUACAGACGGUAACCAUAUAUUUGUUAUUUAUCAUGAUGCACAAGCGUAUGCAGAAUAUUUAAUAACAUACAAAUGA